GUUAUCCAAAUAUACUAUUAAAAUAAAAGGAAGACUGUUUAGCAUCAUCUUUUUCGGUGUUCUUUGUCUCAAUUUUGAUUUCAAACCAAGUUUUGUUCUAAUUGCUGCCAAGUAAUGAUGUUUGUGGCAAUCAACUAAAUUGGAUUUUUACUUCUCUUCUUGAAUCAUAGCUCCUUAGUUUUUUGUGUUAGGUCGUAGAGUUCGUUACAUAAUCACCUAGUAAAUCUACUCGUAUUGGACGCAUCCCAAGGCAUCCGUGGGCUUGAACCCACAAACACAUGGGUGAUGAGUGUUGACUUGCAUACACACGUGAUAAUGAUCACUCUUUUCCAAAAUCACAAGCAUUAUAAACAAGUUCACAAUCCACUUUGAUGACGUGUGAUCUUUGAAGUAUUUCCAACAUUUUGAAUGUCUUGUAUCAUCCAAACAUUCUACUUAAUGUCUUUGAGCAAGUCUUAUUCUCUAAAUCAAUAUAUUUAUUGCAACUCUAUGACUACCAAAAAUGAGUACAUUCUAUAAAUUCAAAACAAUCUUUUUGUUUUUAGAAGGGUAAGGUGUUGCACAUUCAACCUCUGACCCCGUCUAAUAGGAAUAUUACAAGACAUUGGGAUAAUACAAUGUUAUAUAUAGAAUUAUCUAAUUAAUGAGAUGCCCAAAUGUCUAAUCACACUUCCAAAAAGCGUAAACGUUGUUGGAAAGUGUGUUAAAAAUAGCGGGAUUAGACUCCCAUGAUUUUACUCGAUUGUAGUUGUUCCCUAGAGCUAUCUAGUCAUUUAGUUUUAUCUCAAAAUUUUUGUGCAGAAAAGAUUCUUGUCUUGGCGAUGGAUGGUAGAAAGCUAUUAGGGACAUUGCGUUCCUUUGAUCGUCAUGGGAAUAUUGUUCUUGAAGGUGCCUAUGAUAGAGUAAUUGUUGAUAAUUUGUACUGUGAUAACUACUUGGGUUUACUUGUUAUCAGAGGAUAUAGUUUAGCGUUGUUAGGAGAUCUGGCCAUAAGGGAGCUUCCUCCAUUUAUGACGCGAGUGUCAGAAGUAGAAAUAAAAGAGGCUCAAAAGGCAAAAGGAGUAGCUGGUGAUCUGAAAAAAAAAACAAGAGAUCGAAUGAAUUUCCUUGAUUUUGAUUGACUCUUGCAAAUAGUUGUAUGGAUGGAUCUCUCAUUCUUUUUCUUUCUCGACUAAAUUCUCCUUCCGACUUUCUUUGGGAUCACUCGAGUUGAACAAAUAUAUGUGGCUCUAAGUCUUUGAAAUUUUUUUUCAUUGAGACGGUUUUAAACUCAAAUAAGAAGAACGAUAUGAAGAAUAUCAAUUGCCUACUUAGGAUAGUAGUUCUAUUUUUUCUAUACCACUCUUGUUAGUUUCAUUGUUAGUUUUGGGUUAUGUUUAUAGAGCCAUGUUUUUGAUGGUUCACUACCACCCCAUUGUAUAACUUCAAAUAUCUAGUAGACUCUCCUUCACUAUAAACAUGUUGAACUUGUAGUGCGUAGAGAAUGAACAUCUUGAAACAGAUGUGUCAUUAAUAAGAAA